AUGGAAGACGAAACUCUCAACCACAAAAAGAGCGAAUUUCUAUUUCAACAAAUAUGUAACGGAUCAAUUGAGUUGCAGAUUAGAAAUGAAACCGAUGAAACAAGUUGUCCGAAAGACUGGCCUUGUCGAAUACAGUAUACGAUAUGUGAUAAGCACUGGGAUUGUUUGAAUGGUGAAGAUGAGUUAAAUUGUACUAAAAUUAGUGACAAACCAUUUAAAACAUACGGAUGUUUGUCAUCACUUGAUAAAGUUAAUAAUGGUGUGAUAGACUGUUUGGGAUCUACGGAUGAGCGACAGUAUUGUGUAAGCCUAUAUUCGAAUGAGCUUGAAAGACGUUAUCGUUGUUGGAAUUCAACACAAUGUAUAAAUAUUCCAAAGGUCUGUGAUUGUCACAAGGACUGUUUACCUGAUGGUGAUGAUGAAUUAGUUUGUCCUUGGAUGCGAUGUGCUAAUCCUGAAGAAAUAAGUUUUGAAAAUAUCGAUGGUAUGUUGAUUGCCCCGGCGUGA